AUGGACAAAGAGUACUUGCACGCAACCGGAGGACCACAGCCUGCGAGGCGAUGGAGCGUCGCAUCCAAAAUCGGGCUUGUUUUGCUUGGGCUGGGUGGAUUUUUCUUCUACCACUCGCUCACGCCCAACUCGCACUCGAUCCAUGUUGAGUUGAUGUCGGACGACGUGUGCCCUCAGGUUGCGCCUUUUAACGCAUCCAAGGUGCUGCGCGGCAAAGAAAUUAAGCUUCCGUCUUUGAAGCAAUCUGUCGAGCGUCUGAGCCGUGCUGUCCAAGUGGACACGGGCGUCGGCGACAAUUGGCCGGAUCCCGACGACAAGCCCGAUAGAUGGACUGCGUUCGAAAAGUUUGCCGGGCUGCUUGCCGAAGACUACCCGCAUAUUCACGCGAACGAUAGUCCGGUAUCGCGCGAGUUUGUGCACAAGCACGGUCUCUUGUAUACUUGGCCUGGCUCGGACUCUGCGUUGAAGCCGUUGAUGGUCAAUUCACACCAGGAUGUAAUCCCUGUCGAGAACGAGGCUAGUGACGAGUGGAAGUUCCCGCCUUUUUCAGGGCACAUUGACUAUGAGACGCAGACUGUGUGGGGUCGUGGCGCCGUCGAUUGCAAGUUGUGGUUGGUAGGCGCCAUGUCUGCCAUGGAUACACUGCUCGACCAAGGCUGGACGCCGAAACGUACCAUCAUCAUGAGCUUUGGCUUCGACGAGGAGGCGAGCGGUGUCCAGGGCGCCAAAUUUCUUGGCGAGUUUUUGUUCGAGCGCUACGGGCCCGACUCGGUCGCGAUGAUUGUCGACGAAGGCAACCCCGUCCUUUCCGCUUCCGACCCAGAGUCGUUUGGCAAGCCGAUUGCGAGUCCUGCCGUAGCAGAGAAGGGCACCAUUGACGUGCUCUUGUCUUUAGAGACGCGUGGCGGACAUUCUUCGAUGCCGCCGCCGCACACAAACAUUGCCAUUAUGGGCCAGAUCAUUGUGCUGCUCGAGAACAAUCCGUUCCCCGACCUCAUCCGCGAGGAAUCUAGCUCGACCAUCCAUCAGCUUCAGUGCCAGCGCGAUGCACCAAACAUGCCGGCAGAGACGCGCAAGGCCCUGGAAAACUUGGAGAUCGCCGAGCGCGAGCUAGGCGUCCACAACGUGCCGAAAUCCAAGGUCCGCUUUGCCUUGCCAAUGACAAGUGCACCGCAGGACAAGCUGGAGCAGGCGCGCAGUGCAUUGCUGAAAUCUGUCAACUACCUCACGCUCGUCUUUUUGAAGACGACGCAAGCAAUCGACAUCAUCAGGGGUGGCGUCAAGGUGAAUGCACUGCCGGAGCACACGGAAAUGAUGGUGGACCACCGUAUCGCCGUGUACUCUUCUGUAAAAGAGACAACGGAUCACUACCGCGCGUUACUGGAGCCUUUUGCAAAGGAGCACAAGAUUGGUCUCGACUUUUUCGGCGAGCAAAUCGUGCCGCGCGAGCCUGAUGGGCCGCAGCUCAAUGUCUCGUCGUACCGCGAAGCGCUCGAGCCCGCGCCGAUCACUCCGUUUUUGGGCGAGGAAGCUACCGCCUACCGCUUCUUCUCCUCGGUGAUCCGCGAGACUUGGUUCUUGGACCAGCCGCGCAUCGUUCUCCACGAAGAUGGCCACGAAGACGCGCCGGAGAAGAAGUACAAGCAGCCGAUCACCGUCGCACCCUCGACCAUGUUUGGCAACACAGACACACACUGGUACCAGAAAAUGACCAAGAAUAUCUUCCGUUUCGGCGCCAUGUCUGCGCAUGAGGACUUGACGGGCAUGCCCAUGAUCCAUACUAUCCAUGCGGUCAAUGAGCACGCCUCGAUCGACGCGAUAGCCAAGUCGGUGGAAUUUUACACAAACUUGAUGAUCGCUUCGGACGAUGCAAAGAUCCAUUGA